AUGUCCUUCAACUGCUCGUACCCCUACAACCCCAACGUGACGUGCUUCCUCCAGCCCGCCGUGUACAACAACACUGCGUACGCCCUCAUGUACGACGCCGAUAUGGCCCAGGCUGGGCAAUGCCUCCUGCAAUACGACAUCGUCUUCACCGAGUGCGUCACGAAGUCGAAGGAGCGCCGAGCGGCGCUUGGCCUGCCGUCUGGGUCGCACGCGCGACCGACACUCGGGCGUCUCCCACUGCUCCUCCUCCUCUUCCUCGUCUUCCUCUCUGCCGCCUGCGCGAAAGCAGUCUCGUGCUCGCGUUUCGACCCCGACUCCCGCGACGCAUGGGACUGGAACGCGGUCACCCCGAGCAUCAGGCUAGAGGACGCAGCAAGCCUGUGCUUCGCCAACGCCCCGUGUGGCGGGCCCUUCAAAGAAACGGCGACGACAUCGCUCACAUGGGCUGUGAACGGGACCGUCGAAGUCAAAGUCAAGCCCGCCGACGUGGUCGCCCUCGUCGGUGGGUCGUACGCGACCAAAGUCACGUCCGUGCCCGCCGACGGCAUGUGGAUCAAUCAUGGCAGAGCCUACAUGACCACCUUUGCCUACGCGGUGAAUGUUUCCGGCUGGUUUGAACAGUGCUCAGACGGGCAGAGGUAUCGUGGCUCUGCCCUGGUGCCGGACGGCGAUAGGGUCGCGCUCCGGUACUUCUAUACCGACCAAGCGGGCUCUGGUGCGUAG